AGCGCGUAAUACUAUGCACGUGGGCCUGUUUAGCGUUUAAAAUUUAUAGAAAUUACAAUUUUUAAAAUGUCCUCAUCGUUUUUCUUGAAGCCGGGUGCCGCCAAACUAGCCAACAAAAAACGCAAGAUAAAUGCGACGAAAUCCAAAGGCGUCGCAAAACCAGGAAAACGAACUCAAAAUGCAUCAGCUCCAGGGCCGAAAAAACAACGUCGAUCCAAGGCGGACGACGAGGAAAUUGCCAGCGAUGAUGAGGAGUAUAACAGCGAUGUGGGCGGUAAUGCAUUGGCCUUCUCGGCUGAUGAAGAAGAGCAGGAAACAGCACAGGACAAGCGACUGCGUUUGGCCAAACAAUAUCUGUCUGAAAUUGAGAAACAGGAAUCGGAGCGCGCUGAGGAUCGUGAGCUGAGCAAGACCGUCGAACAGCGUCUACAGACUGAGUAUUUGGAUAGUGUUGGUCGAUUACGUCGCAACAUUGCCGGUGGCAUCAAAUCGUGUACAAUUCAACGCGUACUGAAGCACAAGCUUCAUCACACACCAUUAUGUGCCCUGGCGCUCAGCACGGACGGAAAGUUGCUGUUUACGGGAGCCAAAUCGCAAUAUGUACUCAAAUGGUGCACUGAAACGGGAAAAGUGCUGGACAAAUGUGAUGUGUUGUCUCAUCGCGAGGAACCCGAAACCGGCAAGAAACGAAGAUCGCAUGUCAUUGCCAUCUGCCUGUCUACAGACAUGAAGUUCAUGGCCCUGGCUGAGGGUGGACCACACAUACAGAUCUGGUGUCCACAAACCAUGAAGCAUGUGAAGACUUUCAAGGGACACAGGGAUAGCGUCUCAGGGCUUGUGUUUCGCAAGGGAACCCACGAGCUGUACUCGGCAGCAAAGGAUCGCUCUGUGAAGAUUUGGUCGGUCGAUGAACUGGCCUAUGUGGAGAGCUUAUUUGGUCACCAAACUGCUGUAACGAGUAUAGAUGCAUUGAGUCGGGAGCGAGCUAUUACUGCUGGCGGAUCGGAUUGCUCGCUGCGCAUAUGGAAGAUUACGGAAGAGUCCCAGCUAAUAUACAACGGACAUAAGGAUGGCAUUGAGUGUGUCAAGUUAAUAAAUGACGAGCACUUCGUCUCCGGCGGCGUUGAUGGUGCUAUUAGUCUGUGGAGUGCCAUGAAGAAGAAACCAAUUUGCACAACACAACUUGCCCAUGGACUGGGUGACAAUGGCGUGGCGAACUGGAUCACAGCAAUAGCUGUUGUGGUCAAUACGGAUUUGGUGGCAACAGGCUCUUGCGACGGCUGUGUGAGAUUAUGGCAAUCAAGUCCAAAUGCACGCAAGCUUCAGCAGAUUAACAGCAUAUCUAUUGGAGGCUUCAUAAAUGGCCUGACUUUCAAUGCCGAUGGCACAAAACUGUUUGUGGCUGUUGGCCAGGAGCAUAGGUUGGGGCGUUGGUGGCGGCACAAAGAUGCCAAAAACAACAUAGUUAUAGUUGACAUUAAGUUACAAAGCACAUCCAGCAAAUAAGUUAAAUGUAAGCUUAAUAAAGUUGUUCAUAGAGGAGACUUGUCGAUUUAUGUGAA